AUGACAAUUACAUUAGCAGAGCUAGGACCUAAAGAGGUUCCAAACAAUAGAGAGAAAAAAAAAAUAGGGAAGAAGAAAGAGGAAGAUCCCAAGAAGCCAACAAUCUCUGUGAUUCAAGGUCCAAAACCUGGUAAGCCAACAGAUCUCUCAAGAAUGAGACAGAUAUUGCUGAUGCUCAAACAGAACCCGCCUGCUCACCUUAAACUCACUCCUCAACCUCCUUCUGACGUGGCUGCUCCUCCAAAGAAUGUUCCUGAAACCAAGCCCACCGAGGCUGUUGCUGCUGCUCGAUAA